AUAUACGAUUUCACCAUUCACCAUUUUCCUCUUCUCAUUAACACACACAACACACCCAAACUAGCAACGAAUCUUCCACCUUUUCCUUAUUCCAUUGUUGUCUCAAAACUAUAUUUUCUUCUUCUUCUUCUUCUUCUUCUUCUUCUUUGUUCUGGAUUCGCUUCCAUUUUAAGUUGCCUAACAUGGCUUCAUAUAAACCAAAGAAUAUCCUCAUUACUGGGGCAGCCGGAUUUAUUGCGUCUCAUGUUGCCAAUCGGCUUGUCCGGAGUUACCCUGAUUACAAAAUUGUUGUGCUUGACAAACUUGAUUAUUGUUCAAAUCUGAAGAACCUCCUUCCUUCUAAUUCAUCCCCCAACUUCAAGUUUGUGAAGGGGGAUAUUGGUAGUGCUGAUCUUGUUAACUACCUUCUCAUCACUGAGUCCAUUGACACUAUAAUGCACUUUGCUGCUCAAACCCAUGUUGACAACUCCUUUGGUAAUAGUUUUGAGUUCACCAAGAACAACAUAUAUGGUACUCAUGUUCUAUUAGAAGCCUGCAAGGUAACUGGCCAGAUCAGAAGGUUCAUUCAUGUGAGUACUGAUGAGGUCUAUGGAGAGACCGAGGAGGAUGCUCUUGUAGGAAACCAUGAGGCUUCUCAACUUCUUCCCACAAACCCAUACUCUGCAACAAAAGCUGGGGCAGAAAUGCUUGUCAUGGCAUAUGGUAGGUCUUAUGGGUUACCAGUUAUCACAACUCGUGGAAACAAUGUUUAUGGGCCGAAUCAGUUUCCCGAGAAGUUAAUCCCGAAGUUCAUCCUCCUGGCUAUGCAGGGAAAGAAUCUUCCAAUUCAUGGGGAUGGUUCUAAUGUGAGGAGUUAUUUAUAUUGUGAAGAUGUUGCAGAGGCUUUUGAAGUUGUCCUUCACAAGGGAGAGGUUGGCCAUAUUUACAAUAUUGGGACAAAGAAGGAAAGGAGGGUUAUUGAUGUAGCCAAAGAUAUAUGCAGACUUUUCAAAAUGGACUCAGAAACUAGCAUAAAAUUUGUAGAGAACAGACCAUUUAAUGAUCAGAGAUACUUUCUUGAUGAUCAAAAGCUGAAGGACUUGGGUUGGUCUGAGAGGACCACUUGGGAAGAAGGCUUGAAGAAAACCAUGGAUUGGUACAUCAAUAACCCUGAUUGGUGGGGCGAUGUCACCGGAGCGCUGCUUCCUCAUCCAAGGAUGCUGAUGAUGCCUGGUGGCAUGGAGAGGCAUGCCGACGGAUCUGGAGAGGGAAAGGCUGCACCUGUUGGCUCAUCUAACACCAAGAUGGUUGUUCCAUCGUCCAAGAGCACCAGCUCUCAGCAGAAGCCUCCUUUUAAGUUCUUGAUCUAUGGUAGAACAGGGUGGAUUGGGGGUUUGCUGGGGAAAUUGUGCGACAAGCAAGGAAUUCCAUAUGAAUAUGGAAAGGGUCGCCUAGAGGAUCGUGCUUCACUCUUGGCUGAUAUUCACAAUGUGAAGCCAACACAUGUUUUUAACGCUGCAGGAGUGACUGGCAGACCCAAUGUUGAUUGGUGUGAAUCCCACAAAACCGAAACCAUCCGGGCCAACGUUGCUGGUACCUUGACAUUGGCUGAUGUCUGCAGAGAAAAUGGGAUUUUGAUGAUAAAUUAUGCUACCGGCUGCAUAUUCGAGUACAAUGCAACACACCCUGAAGGCUCUGGCAUUGGUUUCAAGGAGGAAGACAAGCCCAAUUUCAUUGGCUCUUUCUAUUCCAAAACUAAAGCUAUGGUCGAGGAGCUCUUGAAAGAAUAUGACAAUGUAUGCACCCUCAGGGUUCGCAUGCCAAUUUCGUCUGAUCUGAGCAACCCACGCAACUUCAUCACCAAGAUUUCUCGUUACAACAAGGUAGUUAACAUUCCCAACAGUAUGACUAUUUUGGAUGAACUGCUUCCUAUUUCAAUUGAGAUGGCAAAGAGAAACUUGAAGGGAAUCUGGAACUUCACAAAUCCUGGGGUUGUGAGCCACAAUGAGAUCCUUGAGAUGUACAGGGAUUACAUUGACCCCAAAUUCAAGUGGGCUAACUUCACCCUCGAGGAGCAAGCGAAGGUGAUCGUGGCUCCUCGAAGCAACAAUGAGAUGGAUGCAUCCAAGUUGAAGAAGGAAUUCCCAGAAUUGCUUUCCAUCAAGGAAUCACUCAUCAAAUAUGUUUUUGAGCCAAACAAGAAAUAAGCAGCUUUAUGUUAACUAGGCAAGGAAGUCGUGCCUUGAGGCUAUAUAGAUCACAUAUUAUUCCACAUUUAGCUCCAUUCAGUUACUGUGUGUAGAGUGUGGCUAGUAUUACAAUUGGUUUAGGUUUGUUUUCCAGGUCUUCAUUUCUUCAUAUAUAUUCAAGUGUCCUUUGGUAAUAGCAGCAGCUUUAGUUACAUGUUUUGUCAUCUACAAGCCUGUGAUGGGCAACUUUUGCACCCUGCAAGGGCUGUAUUCUUUUAUUGCUCAUCUAGAAUGAAAAUUUUAAAUAAUUGGUUACAUUAUUGAGAUGUACUUGAAUAAUUAUCUGUAAUAUAGAAUGAAAAUCUUUGAAUAAGAGAAAUUAUUUGUUA